AUGCAGGCAAGCCCAGUGUACGCCGCUACUUCCACCAGCGCCUCGUCGAUGACGCCCAGCUCGGUGGCCUCGCCCUCGACUUCCGGGAGUGAAGUUCGACUGCCGAAGCGCAAACGCGGUCAUCGCAGCUCGCUCAACUAUGAGAAAAUGCCGCCGUGUUUCGAGGGGAAAGUGCCGUUGGAGCUGAUAUCCUGUCAGCGUCUCCUCGAUUCGCUUCUGGAGCGCAAAUGCAAUACAUUUGCUUGGCCGUUCUACGAGCCCGUCGACCCGGUCGCGCUAAAGAUCCCGACUUACUUCGACAUCGUCACGCACCCAAUGGACUUGAGCACUAUACGCCAGAAGCUGUCGUACAAGCAAUACAUCAACGCAGAGGAGUUCCAUGACGAUCUCAAGCUCAUGUGCGAAAACUGUUGGGCAUUCAACCGGCCGGGCGAUGUGGUCUACGUGUGUGGCGAGCAGCUUUGGAAGUUUGUCGAGAAGGAGUGGGACAGAUACUUUGAAGAUGGCAAGCCAAGAUCGAAGCCCAAGAAACCUCGUCUGGGCGGUCUUUCGGUUCAAGAGUGCCUCGACCGACUGUCAAGGGAAGACGACAUCAGGCGCAACUGGCUCUACAGAGCCACAAAAUUCCGCGAAGAACUGAAUGCCCUGGCCGAGAGGAACAAGGAAAUGCCCUCGGAUUUGAGAAAGCGCCUUGAUGAAUUUCUCGGCAAUGCUCCAGCUAGUGCUGCUACGACGCCAAAGAGUCAGAGAAUUACCACUCUUGCCGAUGUGCAACUGGUCGAAGUGGCAAAGCUGAUUCGAAUCGGCGAGGAAAUGGACGAGCUGAGACUGACCGAAGGGUUCGAAAUGGACUUUCACAAGAUGAAGCCAGCUACGGUGCACGCGAUCCACGACUACCUCAACAAGCUUGACGCUUACGAAUCCGUGCAACACACGCCAUGCAGCAGCAGCUCCAGCUCGUCGGACUCUUCCAGCGACGAUUCGUCAAGCGAAGACGAAACGAAAGCGCCA